AUGGCAACCGAUCCAACCGUCACCAAACCCUCCUCCGUUCAUCUUGAAGACAUCGACGAAUUGAAACAAAUAUUCUCUCGCUUUGAUGCAAACGGCGAUGGCAAGAUCUCCGUCACCGAGUUAGACAACAUCCUCCGUUCUCUCGGAUCCGGCGUACCCAAGGACCAACUUCAGCGCGUCAUGGAAGACCUUGACACUGAUCACGACGGUUUCAUUAACCUCUCUGAGUUUGCUUCCUUCUGCCGCGCCGGCUCCGUUGACGGAGACGCUUCAGAGCUACGCGAGGCAUUCGAUCUGUACGACAAGGACAAGAAUGGCCUCAUCUCCGCGACGGAGCUCUUCCAGGUGUUGAAUAGCCUCGGAAUGAAGUGUUCCGUUGAAGAAUGCCACAACAUGAUCAAAUCUGUUGAUUCUGACGGUGACAGCAACGUUAACUUUGAUGAAUUCAAACAGAUGAUGACGACCAAUAACAGUGCCAAUUAAUAAUGGAAAUGGAAACUAGUAGUAGUAGUAGUAGUACAGCAAUAGGCAAUUAGGCAGGCAUUUUGGAUUUUUCAAAAUUUACUAGUACUAACAGAUAUCUAUCUGCGUUUGUGUUAAUUCUCUUUAGCUGUUUCUUGUUUCCACUCUAUAUAAAUAAUAAUAAUAAUAAUUGCCGUUUUA